UAUUACGUAUUCACACGUUGCCGAGUGUAGAACUGCGUGGGUUUCUGCAUUUCGCCUUAGUCAAGUCAGUCGGUUUGUGUUGUGUUUGUACCUAUGUAUGGAAUUUAGUGCAGCAAGAAACCAUAUUGUUGUUAUCCAGCACUAGUGCCUAUUUAGGAACGUCGUCACCUUUGCUAUCUGCAAAACGAUUCAAGUGUCACGAAGCCGGUUGUGGUCAUUUAAAGAGAUACAGCCUUCGAUCGCUGGUUGAAGAAUACAGAGGAAUUCAGGGUGAUUGAGGAAUCAAACGAAGCACACAUUAUUGGGGCCAAGAAGUAGCGUGGAGUGAAAAUAAUGAAAUUGUAACCCAUUUCUGUGGUUUUUGGUGUCUUGGCGCAUACAGAAGAAAAAGAAGACCGAGAGGACAAUCAUACUUCAGUGAUUUGUUGCGAGUGAUAACCUAAAGAAGGCUUAUUGUUGCUUCGAAGGAGACAAGACUUAGUGGAAACCGGUUUUUCCAUUUUCUGUUGUGCCUUUCCAGGGUUCUUCGAACGUCAUCAUCAUCAGCAGCAGCAGCAUCAUCAUUAUUAUCGAUUAGUUAGCCCAUUGGAGAUUUCCGUUUCCCCAGCCGAACUGGCUGCUUGCUCCAACAAAACUACAUAUCGAGCAUACGGUUUUUAAACCCAUUUUGAAUGAUGAUUCUAUUGUGGAGCACAUCAAUAAAUUUUAAUUUUAGGCAGUGAACCCCUCUUUCUGUCUGUUGUUUUUAGUGAUCUCGAAGGUAUCGUUUAUACGGUCGUAUAUUUCUGAGCGAAGCAUUCAGUAGUGAAAGAUCAAUAUUGGAGUGAAUCUUUAUCUGUUUGUUUUAUUGCCAACCAUUGUGUGUGUGAAAUUUUGGCACUAAGAAGUGUUAACCUGAAAAAGUCAGUGAGUGACACAGCGGCAGUGGAGGAUCAUUUUUUGGCCGUAUUGAGCAGUAAUUUUUCAGGCCUAUUGGUUAAGUGAAAGUGAAAGGUGAAGUUAUAUUUUUGCUGCAUUUGUCGGAAUUGGCUACCGACGACGGUGUGUGCUGGAUUUGUCUAGCCAAUCAAGUCAGAACAAGUGACGAUAUAUACCAGAAAUUGGAUCCCAACAUAAAGCAUCACUAUUACUACCGCCAUCAAAAACAUGAAAAUGGUGUUGUCACAACGGCAGCGCGAGGAGCUUAACCAAGCGAUUGCCGACUACCUAGGAAGUAAUGGAUACACAGACGCCCUCGAGGCAUUUAGAAAAGAGGCAGAUAUGCCCAACGAAAUUGAACGAAAGUACGGCGGCCUGCUAGAGAAAAAAUGGACCUCGGUGAUUCGACUACAAAAAAAGGUCAUGGAACUAGAAGCGAAACUUUCAGAGGCCGAAAAAGAAGUGAUCGAAGGGGCACCUACCAAGGCCAAACGGACGCCCACCGACUGGAUACCGCGACCGCCGGAGAAGUUUGCACUCGCCGGACACCGAGCAACAGUUACUCGGGUGGUGUUUCAUCCCGUAUUCAGCAUGAUGGUGUCAGCCUCCGAAGACGCUACCAUCAAAAUCUGGGACUUUGAAACCGGCGAGUACGAACGAACCCUCAAGGGUCACACAGAUUCCGUGCAAGACCUUGCAUUCGAUUCACAAGGAAAAGUUCUAGCAUCCUGCAGUUCCGAUUUGUCGAUUAAAUUAUGGGAUUUCCAGCAGACGUAUGAAUGUGUCAAAACCAUGCAUGGGCAUGACCAUAAUGUAUCCUCCGUCUCAUUCGUUCCGGCCGGUGAUUAUCUUCUUUCCGCGUCUCGGGAUAAAACGAUUAAAAUGUGGGAAGUAGCCACCGGGUACUGCGUUAAGACCUUCACCGGCCAUCGAGAAUGGGUACGGAUGGUUCGGGUCAAUGUAGACGGCUCACUGAUGGCAUCCUGCUCGAAUGAUCACUCGGUUCGAGUUUGGCAGACAAAUUCAAAGGAGUGCAAGGCCGAAUUGCGGGAACACGAGAAUACAGUAGAGUGCAUUGCCUGGGCGCCGGAAUCAGCGGCAGCAGCCAUCAACGAAGCAGCCGGAGCAGACAACAAGAAAGGAGCUCAUCAGGGUCCGUUCCUAGCCUCUGGAUCAAGAGACAAAACAAUAAGGAUUUGGGACGUUAGCUCAGGACUAUGUCUAUUCACGCUUAUCGGCCACGAUAACUGGGUUCGCGGUAUUGUAUUCCACCCCGGGGGCAAGUAUAUUAUUUCUGCAAGCGACGACAAGACGUUACGCGUCUGGGAUUUGCGCAACAAGCGCUGUAUGAAGACACUUUAUGCUCACUCACACUUUUGCACAUCUCUUGAUAUGCAUAAGUCUCAUCCGUACGUAAUAUCGGGUAGCGUGGAUACGACAGUAAAAGUUUGGGAAUGUCGCUAAGCGUACAUCCGCUGGUCGCGUGUUUGCGCAACCAUUUUUUACUAACUCGAUAGUGAUGAGAACAGAAACAACCGCAGCAGCAGCAGCUGGGCAGCGCUGGUAAAAUAUCUAUAUGCUAACGACUUCAACUACAACUAACCAAAACAAAUUCGCUAACAUUCAUCAUUACACACAAGAUAUGAAGCAGUUACAAAAACCGAACAACAUGGUGAACAACUAAAAGGACAGAAAACCAGUUUAACAUUCAAAAUAGAAACACCUUCUUUACUUUCUGCAUUGAAGCAAUGCUGAUAGUUUUACUAAUAUGAAAUUUGAAAUAAAGGUCAAAGUUCACAACAGCAAAAACAAUACUGAAUAUAGUCGUGCAACAGGAGUAGCAUGUAAACUAAAAACAGCAGACAUAUUAUCACAUUAUAUUCUUAUAAUUACUAUUCUUAGACAGUAGAAUUCAUAUUGGAAGCUAAAAUGCAGCAUAAAUACAAACAAACGAUAGGCGAUGAAACUUGAGUUUAGACAGCAGAAAAGGAGAUAACAGCUAACGAAAAAUGCCCCACAGACGAUACGACACUAUGCGAAUUGAACGACAUCAGGCGCAAAAAAAGACGAACGCCAAAUAACAGAACGAACCGAAAAUGGGGAAUCAAUUUACACAUGGUUAACUGUUUGUUGAUUACUUCUCUCUUGCCACAUCGCGCAAUUGCAUGUACGGGUAUCUUCUCAGUGUAUCGUCUCUCCACUCAGUACAUCUGGAGUGCUUUUGCUGGAAAAGAUUCACCUCAUUGUGGACCAUUUUAUGCUGCAUUACUUUCAAAACUUGUCAAACUGAACUGAAUGUGAUUAUAGGUAGCAUACUAUGUACGCUACAAUAAUUUCACUGAAAGUUCUAAUAUUUAUAGUUUCCUGGUUCAGUAUCAUCUGUAAUUCAACAUUUACUCGUUAGUGAAUUGUUUUCCCGACUUAAAACGCUUAUAAGUCGUUAGGAACGUUUGUUUACCAUGUAUUCUGACUGAUUGCCUUUUGGAACGCUGUCCUUCAAUGUGCUGCGAUGCUGACCCUGCAAUUUACUGUUCUGUAUGGUGCCAGCAUGUGUUUCUUUCCGUGUAGAUAUAAUUACAAUUAAACAAAAAAAAAUCUUAGGCCAACUACAACAUAUUUUUAUCGCGAAAUUGCAACCGUAACUGAACGUAUUUUCGUGAUUUAGUGCAUUAUUUUGUCACUGUUAGUUAUAAUAAUUGCGACAACAAACACAAAUAAUAUAGAAAACUUUUUUUUUUGUUCCAUAAGUUACAAGUGAAGCUUAUGCUAGAGCAAACGAGGGAGAAUGAGUGAUACCAAGCGAGAGCGGGUGCGUACAAUAAAUGCAAAACCUGUGCCGAAAAGUGCCGAGAGGAAAUAGUCUUCAAAACAUUUAGUCCAUUUUGUAUAAAUGCCCAUUACUAACGCCAACUAAACAGACAUAACGACCGGAGAGCAUCUGUUUUCAUGUGGAGAUAAACAAGAGAAAUGAAAAGAUUGAACGAAGGUUAUUAAAUUAUUAAUUACAGUUACUGCUAUUAGGAUAAAUGAAAAAGCAUACAAAUUACUAGAAUUCUAGCUAUAGCAAGUCAAGAAACAAAACAAUUGCAUUAUUAAGCAAACCAGAUAUUUGCAAGUUGAUGUGAACAGGAACCCACGGAGCAAGCAAAAUUGGUUCGAAACCGUUAGAUCGAUACUUUACACACGCUUUACGCUAGCGAACAUUUCUGCUAUUCGAGCCUUAUAUGAAUUGCAACUAUUACGACUCUAUGACUAUAUUUUGAAACCAGAAAAAUGUAUUGCUCAUAAAAAGCGAAGUUGUAAAGAAUGAAAAAUUCCUCACGUUAUUUUUUCUAACUGACAUACUCAAUGUCUGAAAAGAGUAUUCUGGUGAGUGUCGCGUAACCAACCGUAGAAUCAUAGCUUAACCCUACCUGAUCGAUUUUCUCUACACCACUAUGCCACGGCAGCCGUCCCAUUUCCCUUUAACACAAUGAAAAUUAUAAAGGGAACAUUGCUUGUUAUAAUUUGUCAGGGAAGCAGUUCUAAUAAUUUAGUCUCAUGCUAAUUAUUUUGAGUCUUUCCCACGAAACAAUGCAGAAUGCGAAUUAUUCGAUAGAUUUACAUUAUGGAGCUAGUACACAUAAUCUGAACGACAAGAGUGGCUUAACCUGACAGCUAGCAUCGUAGGUGUUUUAGUUCUCAAUUGCUGAGCUACCGUUUCGACGAAAACGAUUUGAUUCUAUUUUGAGCGAAUGAGCAAAUAAAAUUUACAAUCGUGACUAGUCGAUCUGUAUCAUCCUGUGAACGGUAAUGCUGUGUUGCAAUUACAUGUAACAUAAAAUAACAGCAAGUUUGCAUAAAUUAAUUCCUUCCCGAUUUGCGAGAGUUCAUUAAAAUAAGUGGCUAUUGGUUGAUUGAAAAAAAAUGGAGAUUUUAGCAGAAACAAACUGCGCAUCAUGUAAUCGUUUAGAGAGAGUGCAAAUACUUUUAGUUCUAAUUUUUAUGUCAAUUGAGUUAUUUAAAUGAAGAAAAAGGAAAUGAUGCAGUAAAUUCUUUUUAUAACGUUUUAUAAAUUUUGCGAUAAAAGCCUAUGCCUCCAAUAUGUUGAAAAUAAUGAACAGAGAAAACUGGAAGCUUUUAGCGGCAUGGGAUUAGCAGGAAAAAAAUAUCUGAAGCAUCUCUAAAACAAACAAUUACUCGUGAUUUACAAACAAUACAAAUAUAAAAUUUUCUUCAAACAAAAACUAUUUGAGAUUGGCGUACUUCUCUUUGUAAAUACUAUUGAAAAUGGUAAUAACAUAUAUUUAAAACCGA